GCGGGAUCCCCAGGUUGGGCCGGGGCCAGAAGCGGCCAUGGCGCGGCUGGUGGCCGUCACUGCUCUGGGCUUGGCUCUUGCGCUGCUGGGCGAGAGGUUUGUGGCGCUCAGGAAUCGCCUUAACGCCUCCAGAGAGGUUGAAGCUGUUGACCUUCCCAACUGCCACUUCAUCAAAGGUGUAGAAGCAGGUUCCGAAGACAUUGACAUACUUCCCAAUGGAUUGGCUUUCCUGAGCGUGGGCCUCAAGUUUCCUGGGUUGCAGUACUUUGCCCCAGAAAAGCCUGGAGGAAUCCUAAUGAUGGAUCUGAACCAGGAGAGCUCCCGGGCCCUGGAGCUGCGAGUCAGCCGAGGAUUUGAUCUGGCCUCCUUUAACCCCCAUGGCAUCAGCACAUUCAUCGACAAAGAUGACACCGUGUAUCUCUUUGUUGCAAAUCACCCUGAGUUCAAGAGCACAGUGGAAAUUUUUAAAUUUGAAGAAGAAGAAAAUUCCCUUUUACACCUGAAGACCGUCCGCCAUGAGCUCCUUCCAAGUGUGAGUGACAUUGUCGCUGUGGGCCCAGAGCAUUUCUAUGCCACCAACAGCCACUAUUUCUCCGACAUUUUCUUAAAGUAUCUGGAAGUCUACUUGAAUCUGCUCUGGACAAACGUCAUUUACUACAGCCCCGAGGGCGUCCGCGUGGUGGCCGAGGGCUUUGACUCAGCCAAUGGCAUCAACAUGUCCCCAGAUGAGAAGUACAUCUAUGUCGCAGAUAGCCUAGCCCAUGAAAUCCACGUCAUGGAAAAACACGCCAAUUGGAGCUUGACUCAAGUAAAGGUGCUCCACCUGGACACAAUAGUGGAUAACCUGUCCAUUGACCCUUCCACAGGAGACCUCUGGGUGGGCUGUCACCCCAAUGGCCAGAAGCUGCUCAUCUAUGACCCCGGUAACCCUCCUGCAUCCCAGGUGCUUCGGAUCCAGAACAUUCUUUCUGAGACACCCACAGUGAGCACAGUCUAUGCCAACAAUGGAUCCGUGCUGCAGGGCAGUACCGUGGGCUCUGUGUAUGGCGGGAAGCUACUCAUUGGUACACUGUACCAUAGAGCCCUGCAGUGUCAGCUCUGAGGGGCGUCCACAGCCUCUGCUCUUACUAACACCAAAUUCACUGUGCACUGUUCUUCCUGAGGAAGUGCGUGUGGUACAGCUGAUGUGAAGGAAGUGCCCAUUUUCCUGGGCAAGGAAAUGAGAGAGAGGGCAGCUGCCCUGCUGCUCCUGCCUGAGCCCUGUCUUCACCCAUCCACUCUCUGCCCUCACAGGGCUUCUGGAAUGGAGCCCAGGAGAAAGACCAGAGGCUAUGGACUUAGUUCAGCAGCAGCUCUUAGCACUACCUACUGUGGUCUUGUUGUUUACAAUGUCAACAAUUAAAGGUUUCCUUAAACCCAGA